ACACCUCAUCGUAUUUGAUGAUCCAAUUACUAAGAAGCAAAAAGCAACAUGUAAUUAUUGUGGAAAGGUGUUAUGUGCUAAACCUAGGAGAAAUGAUGUUUGAAGGAUUAAGGGUUAGAGAAAUUUAUGCAUUAACUAUUGACAAUGCAUUAGCAAAUGAUGGACUUGUGAGGGUUUGGAAAAAUGUAGUGAACAAAUGGGGAACUACUAUUCUUGGUGGGAAAGACAUUCACAUGAGAUGUGCAACCCACAUCAUAAACCUAGUUGUUGGUGAGGGUACCAAAGAGAAAGAAAUGAACAAGUCUGUGAUUGCUAUUAGGGCUGUAGUCAAGUAUGUUAGGCAAAGUCCUAUGAGGUUAAAGAGUUUUAAGGAUGCUUAUGAGUGGGCAAAAAUUGAAUCCAAGAAGCUAUUGUGUUUGGACGUCCAAACAAGGUGGAAUUCACUUUAUUUGAUGAUGGACACUACUAAGAGGUUUGAGGAAGCUUUUGAGAAGUAUAAGAUAGAUUAUUUGGAGUAUUUAAUGUUAAAGAUGUACAGUCGUAAACUUGAUGGUAAACCUAAUAAUGAUGGGCCCUUUUAUGUUGUGAUGGUCAAACGUGAGAUGGGAAUGUUGUUUGAAGAAUACAAGAGGUUGAAUUCCUUUACUAUGAAAUUAAGUGACUGUCAAUCAUUUGAUGAACAAGGAAGCAGCUCUACCUCUACAACCAAUAUCCAAAGUGUGGCAAAUUCGAAAAAUAGAGUGCAAGCAUCCCAAGUGAGGUUUGAAUACAAGAAGUUUAAAGCUGUCAAUGGUAGAAGAGCAGAAAAAACAGAGCUGGAGAAGUACUUGGUAGAAGACCCUGAGGAUGAAUGAAGAUAUUGAUGUUUUUUAGCGAUGGAAGAUGAAUGAGUAUAGAUUUCCAACGUUAGCAACCAUGGCAAGAGAUGUCUCGGUAGUCCCAAUAUCUACUGUUGCUUCUGAAUCAUCAUUCAAUACUGGAGGCAGUGUCCUUGUUGCUUUUCAAUCAUCAUUGACUCCAAGAAUGGUACAAGCUCUCAUUUGUGCACAAGAUUGGUUGAGAGAUAAGGCUGU